GCCGGCGCGCGCCGGCCGCGCGCUCUCGUCCCCAGUCGACGCCAGAGCUGCAGCCCGCGCCGGGCCGGGGCCAUGGGAGCCCCGCGCCGCCCGGGUCAUGAGGACGGAGGUGGACGCGGAGGCAGCGGGGCCGCCGCUCGAGCCCGGGGACUUCGUGCAGCUGCCGGUGCCCGUCAUCCAGCAGCUCUUUCACUGGGACUGCGGCCUGGCCUGCUCCAGGAUGGUGCUCCGGUACCUGGGCCAGCUGGACGAGGCUGAGUUCGCGAGGGCCCUGCAGGAGCUGCGGCUCACCAGGAGCAUCUGGACCAUCGACCUGGCCUACCUGAUGCGCCGCUUUGGUGUGCGGCACCGCUUCUGCACCCAGACCCUGGGCGUGGACAAGGGCUACAAGAACCAGUCCUUUUACAGGAAGCACUUUGACACAGAGGAGACCCGGGUGAACCAGCUCUUUGCACAAGCCAAGACUUGCAAGGUGCUGGUGGAGAAGUGCAGGGUGAGCGUGCAGGACAUCCAGGCCCACCUGGCGCAGGGCCACGUGGCCAUCGUGCUGGUGAACUCAGGGGUGCUGCACUGCGACCUCUGCUCCAGCCCCCCCAAGUACUGCUGCUUCGCGCCCAGCGGGCCCCGCUGUUUCUGCCGCUCACCCGACUACCAGGGCCACUUCAUCGUGCUGCGCGGCUACAGCCGGGCCGCCGGCUGCGUCUUCUACAACAACCCGGCCUACGCUGACCGAAUGUGCAGCGCCAGCAUCAGCAACUUCGAGGAGGCCAGGACCAGCUACGGCACAGACGAGGACAUCCUCUUCGUCUACGUGGACAGCUGACAGCGGGAGCCCGCUCCAGAGGCGCUGGCCCAGGCCCGGGGCUCAGGCGAGGCGCCGCGUCCCUGCUGGCUGUUGACGUCGUCCUCCGGGCCCGAGGCCGGCUCCCGCUGCGCUCAGGGGACGUCUGCCCCCACGGGCGCCC